ACAACAACAAUAAUAAUAAUUACACACACCGCAAAGCAAAAGCAAACCCAACAAGCUCCUCCAUCUUCUCCUCCCCUGCCUCUCUCGCCCAUCCUCGAGCCUGUCAAUUCCUUCACAUGGAGGAUUUCAGAUCCAAGUCAUGCAGGGAUGGCGGCGGGAUGCAGAUUGAGAGCUACUACGGCGGCAGAACUGCGGCGACAAGCAUGCAGGAUCUGAGGUCUUUCAGCGUCAACUAUGCCGGCUCAUCGGCGCAGCCGACCCAGAUAGUAAAUGAGGUGAAGAUGAAGAAAGGGAAAAGCAGCGUUGGGAGCUCUGUUUCGAAGAGCUGGAGCUUCAACGAUCCCGAAUUGCAGAGGAAGAAAAGGGUUGCUGGGUAUAAGGUGUAUGCCGUGGAGGGGAAGGUGAAAGGGUCUCUGAGGAAAAGCUUCCGGUGGAUCAAGAAAUCCUACACCCAGGUGCUCUAUGGAUGGCGGUGAUGGGUAUAUAUAUCUAUAUCUAUAUAUAUACAUAUAUGUAUUUAUGUUCUUCUUUUUCACUUCCAAUUUGGGUUGUGUUUUACAGAGGUUGCCGUGGAUGUGAAAUUCUCUUGUGUUUGAUAAAUCUUGAAUCCCCAUAGCAAUACUAAAUAGACUAUUUACUCUAAAAACUAUUUUUUGUUGUUGUUGUUGUUUAAUUAAUUUCCUAAGCCAAUGUUUCAAUAUCA